AUGGCGCCCACGAGGCCGGCGCCGGGGCGGCGGACGGCGAGUUGGGGGACGCCGGGCGGAGGGUUUUCUCCGCUCGGAUUCAAGAAUAAGAAUGCGAAACAGAGGACGUGGCGACCGAACCACGCGCAGGCCUUCGCGGGGAGCGUUCGCGAGGGACAAGGCUUUGCAUUUCGAAGAAAAUUGAAGAUUCAGAAAAAUUACAAGAAAUUGCUAUGGCGGAAAAACAAGGCUCAAACCUCACAGGAAUCCCAAUUCAGAGAUCGAUACCCCGAUCACCUGAAGCAUCUUUAUUUGGCCGAAGAGGAAAGGCUGAGGGAGCAGCGGAGGAAAGCUCAGCAGCCUUUGUCAGAAGAACAGGUGAAUCAGGCUUUGCCCACAGAACCAUGUGACACUGACCAGGCUUUGUCUGAAGAGCAUUGCAGCGUUGACCAGCCUCAGCCAGGAGAACAAUGUCAAGAAGAAAGGGUAAACUUCAUUACUAUUCCAAAGAAAAAUAAAAAGAAAACAUCAAAUCAAAAAGCACAAGAAGAAUAUGAACGGGUACAAGCUAAGCGUGCUGCUAAGAAACAAGAAUUUGAGAGGAGAAAGCAAGAGAGAGAAGAAGCGCAAAGACUCUACAAAAAGAAGAAAAUGGAAAUGUUUAAAAUAUUGAGCAAAAAGACUAAAAAGGGCCAACCAAACUUAAAUUUACAGAUGGAGUAUCUUCUAAAAAAAAUACAAGAAAAUAAUUAA